AUGGACGCGUCGCUGUCCACGCUGACGAACUGCGAGCAACUGUCUCUGUCCACGAACUGCAUAGAGAAAAUAACCAACCUCAACGGCCUGAUCACGAAUACGGAGGCUGAGAAGGUGGUCGGUGUGUGUGUCUGUAGAGCUCUCUCUGUGUGUGUGUGUGUGUGUGUGUGUGUGUUUGCGGCCGUAGGUGACACGCUGGAACAGCUGUGGAUCUCUUAUAACCAGUUGGAGAAGCUGAAUGGAAUCCAGUGGCUGAAGAGCCUGAGAGUCCUGUACAUGUCCAACAAAGACUGGAGUGAGUUCAUGAGGUUGGUGGAGCUGCCGUGCCUCGACGACCUCGUGUUUGUGGGAAACCCUCUGGAGGAGAAGCACUCGGCCGAGGGGACGUGGAUGGACGAGGCCACGAAGAGACUUCCCGGCCUGAGGAAGCUGGACGCAAUCCCAGUCAUCAAGCAGGAGGGAGAAGACGGAGAGGCUUGACCCGUGCGGCCCUCGGAGUCGUCCUGUGGUUCGUCGCACUGCUGUUCGUCUUAUAGCCGACUUUCUCUUUUGUAACAGCAGCUCGGGAGUUUGUGUUCAUAUGUUUGACGGUUCCUUUAUGAUUCUCAGUGAUGCUGAUCAUUUAAAUAAAUACUUUUGAUUUUUAUGAAUAAUCACUGCUGGUUCCUUAUAGUUGGAUUUAAGAUCGGAUGAUUCAAAUAUAUUGAACGUUUGUGACACGAGGAGCAGAAACGCUCCAGGAAACUACAACAGAGUGCAUUCUGGGUAAAGUUUCAGGUUUCAGCUGUGGAAGAGGC